AUGGCAGAGCAGCGGCCGGGGCUCACCGCCGGUCAGCGGCUCAACGCGCUGCCCGACCACUCGCCGCUGCUGCAGCCUGGCCUGGCCGAGCUGCGGCGCCGGGCCCUGGAGGCGGGCGUCCCGCUCGCGCCCCUCCCGCUCUCCGACUCCUUCCUGCUGCGGUUCCUGCGCGCCCGGGACUUCGACCUGGACCUGGCCUGGCGGUUGCUAAAAAACUAUUAUAAGUGGAGAGAGGAGUGUCCAGAAAUAAGUGCAGACCUACACCCUAAAAGUGUCCUUGGCCUUCUGAAGGCAGGCUAUCUUGGAGUAUUGAGAUCCAGGGAUCGCACCGGCAGCAAAGUUCUUAUUUACAGAAUCGCACACUGGGACCCAAAGAUUUACACAGCUUAUGAUGUAUUUCGUGUAAGUCUAAUCACAUCGGAACUUAUUGUACAGGAGAUAGAAACUCAGCAGAAUGGAGUCAAGACUGUCUUUGAUCUGGAAGGCUGGCAGUUUUCUCACGCUUUUCAGAUUACUCCGUCCGUAGCCAAGAAGAUCGCUGCUGUGCUUACAGAUUCCUUUCCAUUAAAAGUUCGUGGCAUCCAUUUGAUCAAUGAGCCAAUAGUUUUUCAUGCUGUCUUUUCCAUGAUUAAACCAUUUCUAACUGAAAAAAUUAAGAAUCGGAUUCAUAUGCAUGGGACCAAUUACAAGCAAAGCUUACUUCAGCAUUUUCCAGACAUUCUUCCUCUGGAAUAUGGUGGUGAAGAAUUCUCCAUGGAGGACAUUUGCCAGGAGUGGACAAAUUUUAUAAUGAAGUCCGAAGAUUAUCUCUACAGCAUUUCUCAGACCAGUCAGUGA